GCUGCCCACCAAAAAUUUCUCCAAUUUCAGCAGUGUAUUUGGAGGAGGAACUGGGCCAACUCGCCCCGCCAAGUUUGAAUUGGAUAUAAUAUUCAGCGAAGGAUCUAUGCCCGUUUUGAACAGAAAACUUAAAUUGGAAUUUUGGGGUUGUUGUUUUAGUUGAAUUCUUUUUAUGCAGUGGGGACACCAAGCCAAAUAAAUUCCAGUCAAAAUAAUUCAUCGGUACAGUCUGAGUCUGGUAAAAGUUUGAUAAGGCUGCUGUCCUUUCUUCUGAUGAAAACUAUCUAUACUUCUGAAGACCAAAUGCACUUUUUUGGGGAAUGAAAAUUUGGUAUCAGAAGAUAAAGUUGAGAUGUUUGAAGGGUGAGAUCUGGAUGUAAAAUUGAAGAAAUCUGUUUUGGGGACGUUCGGGCAAGUUGGUUUUGCUGAGGAUGGUGGUGGAAGGAGAAAAGAGUGCGAGGAACAAGCCUGUAACCUUAUUGGUGGGUGUGAGCGUAGGUAAAUCUAGUAGGGAGUUGUUGACAUGGGUGUUGAUGAAGGUGGCUCAAGCAGGGGAUCAUGUGAUUGUUGUUCAAGUGCUUCCAUCUCCUGCUGAUCAGGGGCAUAAAGAGGAGCAUAUCUUUGAUUACAAUCUUACUGGCCCCUUCGAUGCAAACAUUUUUGAUGUCUACGAGGGUUUCUGCAGAUUGAAACAAGUGGAACUUCAUGUGAAAGUCUCUUAUGGUUCUCCAGUAAGAAAGGUAUUGGCAGAAGAAGCAAGUUUGUACAAGGCCACAAAGCUUAUUAUUGGCAAAAGCAAGCAAAAUACCUUAAGAUCCUCUAAGUUACUUGCUACCUACUGUGCAAAGAGGUUACCAUGUACUUGUUCUGUACUGAUCAUUGAUAAUGGAACAGUCAUAUUUGAGAAAGUUGGAACACAAUCUCUCCAAGGAACUGGUGCCAGAGUAAAUAGACUGAAUUCCUUACUAGAGUCAGUGAGAGGUGCACUCCCAAAUGAUGAUGUGUAUAAUGAUUGUAGAAUUGCUAAAAGUCCUUCAGAUGCAGCUAUAAUACCAUCUGUUCACAAUUGCUACCCUGGUAGGCAGGCCAUUAUCCCCCUAGAAAUGGACGCCUUCAAGUUAUGCCUUCCUUUGAGGUCAGCUUGCAUGAUUUGCACAUCAGACAUUAAUACUGUUGAUGAAGAAGGGAAGGAAGAUGUCAAGGAACAGGAUCCUAGAAAGUCAGAGAGCUAUUCUUCGUGUGAUUCCUUUCGGACAGUUUCUAGUGCUUCUUGUCGGAUUUCACAGAAAGAAGAGGAUGCAGAAACCUCAUCUGAUAAGUCAAAAGAAAUUAAAGAAAAUAUAUUUAGAUUAGCUCCUCAGAGACAGAACACUUCUUCCGGAUGGCCGUUAUUGAAAAGCGCCAUUAGAGUGAACAAAUAUCCUAAUCCAAGGCCUGCAGUCAGAGAAAUAUCUGUGGUUGAGUGGGCUUUGCAAUUGCCAGAUAGACGUGGACAGGUUACACAAAAUCUACCAAGUAAAAUUGAGAUAUCUCAGGAAGACUGGAACAACAUGAGUGAAAUCCAAGCACCAAAUGGAGCAACAUUAACAGAAGAUUGCUGUACAGAAAUUAAGUCUCCUUCCACUACUCAAAAUGAGUCUAUAGAAGAGAAGUUCUUGAUCCAGAAGUUGAAACAUCUUUGUAAAAAUAGGAAAUGCAUACAGUUCACAUAUAAAGAAUUAAAAUCUGCAACUUCUGAGUUCUCAGCAGAUAACCUCAUUGGAAAAGGAGGCUGGAGCAAUGUGUACAGAGGCAUUCUUCCUGAUGGACAGCCUGUUGCAGUGAAGUCAUUAAACGCUUCUCCAGAAACAGAGCAAGAACUCCUAAUGGAAGUUGAAAUUACUACAACGCUACAGCACAAGCACAUCAUUUCAUUAAUGGGUUACUGUGUUGACGACAAUAAGUAUUUCCUGGUCUACAACUUGUUAGUUAGAGGGAGCCUGGAAGAGAAUCUUUAUGGAGGUAAGGAUAGACCACUGGUCCCUUGGACAGAGAGGCUGAAAGUGGCCAUUGGAAUUGCUGAAGCAUUAAAUUAUCUUCAUGAUGACUGUACCCGUCCUAUAAUCCAUAGAGAUGUCAAAUCAUCCAAUAUUUUGCUAUCAGAAGACUUUGAACCGCAGUUGUCAGAUUUUGGAUUAGCCAAAUGGGCAUCAACUACUUCGGCAUACAUCACAUGCAGUGAUGUUGUAGGUACAUUCGGAUAUUUGGCUCCAGAGUACUUCAUGUAUGGCAAGGUUAACGAGAAGACAGAUGUGUAUUCCUUUGGAGUUGUUCUUUUGGAGCUAAUAAGUGGAAGAAAACCAAUAAAUAGCAACAAUCCGAAGGGCCAUGAGAGUUUGGUUAUGUGGGCAAGGCCAUUAAUGGCAGAAGGUGCCGUGGAAGAACUUGUGGAUCCACUUCUAGAAUAUUUAUAUGACACAAGUGAGAUGAAGAGAAUGAUUCAUAGUGCAGCACUUUGUGUACGAAAGGCAUCUCAACUUCGACCUCGCAUGAGCCGAAUAUUGAAGAUUUUGCGAGGCGAAGUGGAUGAUCUCAACUACUGGUCCAAGAGGCAAUUAUCAAUGUCCAAGGACAUAGAUGAACUGGUUGAGGAUGAAUAUGGAUCAAAUCAUGGGGGUUGUGAUAUCCAAACCCACUUAUCGCUUGCCAUGCUUGGGGUUGAUGAUGAUAUUGCAUCAGUUAGCAGCCCUGACCAAAGUGUAGAGCUUUUGCAUGCCAGUAGAUCCUUGGAAGACUAUUUUCGUGGCCGUUUCAGCCGUUCAUCAAGUUUUGAUUGAUUCAAUGUGGAGGACACAAACUCGGGUGUGAGAUAGAACAGGAGGAAUGGGAAGAAUGCAUCUGCAUAUUCUGUACAACAAGAGCAAUAGAAACAUGAACAUUUGAUUGUGGAAUCCACUACUUAUGACCAUAGAUCAAUAAAUGGAAAACAUAGGAGUGGACUCCAUGUUGAAACUCUUCGAACAGGGGAUGCAUUGAAUUUUAGAGGAAAAUCAUUAAUUCGUCCAAAGGCAAGAUGCAAGCAAAAAUAUCUUAGGCUUCAAUCCCUUCUGGUGGUUGAGACAGGUGAAACAUUGGUGGUCCCAUGACAACAAUGUUUGUUGGAUGUGAAUAAAUUCAUUUCAUUUCUAGUUGAUCAUGGUUUUCUUUCAGUAUUCUCAAAUCUUCAGAGGAUGAAGAUCUGCAAAAGAAAAUGACACCAUUAGCACAUGCUCGUCUUCAAUUUUUGCUUUAUGGGGAGCUGAAGCUAUUGAUGAGGAAUGGAAUCCUUGAAAAAACAAAAAAAACGAUUAACCCCCCCAAUGUAAAUAUGAGUGUACUAAUAAAUGCAUAGCGACCCAAUGGGCAAGGAAAGUCAUAUUAAUUGUUUGCCAGACAUGAAGAUUUUAAUGUGCCAUUGUGUUGACAAGCUCCUGUUAUUAAUAAAGAGAGUUGGUGUGAUUUGAGAGCUCAAAA